GCUUGGAGGACGCUUUCAGUAGCCUUAUAUUGCCCUCUUUUCGGCAUUAUCCCCUCCGCGCGUCUUUGUUCGAAUCCCAGCGAUUCUCGCGAAACAGAUGGUGUCCCGCACGCGCUCCCUUCGUCCAAUCGCUUGUGCCAGAAUCAGCUGACUCGCGCGGACAGCGCCAGGUGCGCGAGCCAGUUAUUUUCUCUGUGAAGCGCGUGCCGCUCCAGUGUGCAGACACCACCGGUGGCAUAUCGCCGUUGUCUCUAAUCGGACCAUGCGGAGAAUCCGUGUGGACAUAACUAAGGGGUACCCGAAUAAAACAUAUGGCUGAAGGGUUCGCGUCGUAUGGAGUUGAGGAGCAGCACGGUACAAACAAAUAAGUCUCACAUCGCCUUCUGGAUUGUUCCCCUUGUUUAUUCUCGUUUCUCUGUGUAAGGACAUUGCACGCACUGAGGGAGGAGGCCAGUAGAACUGAAACGUGCACGCCAAAGAGACCCAGUUGCACUGACCUGAUAUCAGACUGCCUGAGUCUACAGGGAAUCUUCUGGGGAAACUACCACUUUGAAUUUCUGUGCCACUGUUACUCAAGUUUUUAAAGUAUAAAAGGUUGAUGCAGUUACACUUCUGAACACUUGAUGAAAGUCUCACCAUACAGCCCAAAUCUUUUUGCUUCUUUGGGAAUCCAACCCAUUUUUGAUCAGAGUUGCUAAAAUGGCUAUAGGGAAUGCAUUCUGUGUUGCUCAGCCUUGUUUCAUUUUUAUAUUGGCAAUACUUACAUUCUCUUCUGUUGAUGCUACAGAGUGUCCGCAACUAUGUGUAUGUGAAAUCCGGCCAUGGUUCACACCCCAGUCUACUUACAGGGAAGCUAUAACUGUAGACUGCAAUGACCUUCGUCUUACACGCAUCCCUGGAAAUUUGUCAAGUGACACGCAGGUGUUGCUGUUGCAGAGUAACUACAUUGCCAGGACAAGUGAGGAACUGGAGCAGUUGCUAAAUCUGACUGAACUGGAUCUUUCCCAGAACAACUUUACCAACAUUCAUGAUAUAGGCCUGACCAACAUGUCCCAGCUCACCACACUACAUCUGGAGGAGAACCAGAUUGUUGAGAUGCCUGACUUCAGCCUUCAGGACCUUACAAACCUUCAGGAGCUUUAUAUAAACCACAAUCAAAUUAGUUCCAUUGCAGCUAAUGCAUUUGCUGGUUUGCUCAGCUUGCUAAGGCUGCAUCUGAACUCAAACAAGCUCAAAGCUAUUGAUAGUCGCUGGUUUGAAUCAACGCCUAACCUUGAGAUCCUAAUGAUUGGGGAAAAUCCUGUUGUUGGUAUUCUGGAUUUGAAUUUUAAACCUCUUGUUAACCUUAGAAGUUUGGUAUUAGCGGGGAUGGAACUUACUGAUAUACCUGGCAAUGCUUUUGUUGGACUGGACAAUCUUGAGAGCCUCUCUUUCUAUGAUAAUAAACUUGUGAAUGUUCCUCAAAAUGCUCUUCAGAAACUAGCAAAUCUGAAAUUUCUGGAUUUGAACAAAAACCCUAUACACAAAAUCCAGGAGGGGGACUUUAAAAACUUGUUAAAGCUUAAAGAACUUGGUAUUAAUAAUAUGGGGGAGCUUGUCUCUAUUGAUCGUUUUGCCCUGGAUAAUCUGCCAGAAUUGACCAAACUUGAGGCCACCAAUAACCCCAAGUUGUCGUACAUUAGCCGAAUAGCAUUCCGUGAUGUUCCAUCUCUUGAGAGUCUCAUGCUCAACAACAAUGCCCUAAACUCUGUUUACCUGGCAACAGUAGAAUCUUUACCCAACCUGCGGGAGAUCAGCAUUCACAGCAACCCAUUGCGGUGUGAUUGUGUUAUCCAAUGGAUGAGUUCAAAUAAAACAACCAUACGAUUUAUGGAACCUCUUUCAAUGUACUGUGCAAUGCCACCUGAGGCCAGAGGCCAGCGCAUGAGAGAUGUACUUUCACAUGAAUCUGCUGAGCAGUGUUUGCCAAUGAUAUCCCAUGAUACCUUCCCUAACCAUCUUAACCUGGAUAUUGGCAUGGCCGUAGACCUUGACUGUCGUGCAAUGGCAGAGCCUGAACCAGAGAUAUACUGGGUGACACCAUUAGGUAACAAGGUCAUGAUGGAUACUGUGUCUGAUAAGUACCAUCUGAACAGUGCCGGAACACUACAUAUAUCAAACAUUCAGGCUGACGAUUCUGGCCGCUACACCUGUGUUGCUCAGAAUACCGAGGGUGCUGACACCAGGGUGACUGCAAUCCGGGUCAAUGGUACUCUCCUGGACAGCACUCAGCUUAUGAAAAUAUAUGUGAAACAGACGGAGUCCCACUCAAUACUGGUGUCCUGGAAGGUAAACUCCAAUGUAAUGACUUCUAACCUCAAGUGGUCUUCAGCCACCAUGAAGAUUGACAACCCCCACAUCACCUACACAGCCAGAGUCCCUGUAGAUGUUCAUGAGUAUAAUCUGACACACCUUCAACCAGCUACUGAAUAUGAGGUCUGUCUCUCAGUUUCCAAUAUUCACCAACAGACUCAAAAGUCUUGUGUAAAUGUCACAACAAAACAUUCCACUUUUGCUGUAGAAAUAUCUGACCAAGGCACCAACACAGCUCUUGCUGCUGUCAUGGGUACAAUCCUGGCUAUCAUAAGCCUGGGGUUCAUCUCUGUCUAUAUUGCCAAGAGAUGGAAAAGGAAGAAUUACCACCACUCCCUCAAAAAGUACAUGCAGAAAACCUCUUCAAUUCCUCUUAAUGAGCUAUACCCGCCUCUCAUCAAUCUGUGGGAUGUAGACACUGAAAAGGACAAAGAUGGCUCCUCAGAGCCAAAGCCAAGCCAGGUUGACACAACAAGAAGCUAUUACAUGUGGUGAAGUCCAUAAAACUGUUGUUUUGGAGCACAAAGACACGUUUUACUUAUUUGUGCAAAAAUGAAAGUGGAUUUCUUCUCUGCAUUGCUUGUUUGAAACAACUACACUGCCAGUCAAAAGUUUUUGAACAAAUGGAGUUUUUGUGUUAUGUUUUAUUACAGUGUUGCAAAAUUAAACAAGUGCUUUUAUUUUGCUUUGUUAUAAUGUUUUAUUAAAGGCAAAUGCACUUGUUUGGUGAACCAGUUACUGCAAGACUGUAAGCCUAUAUAAGUGUGCACUGAGACUGUGAUCCUGCAGGACUCAGCAAAAAAGGUGUGGGAGCAGGUGGUUUUUAAUUUCAUGUGGGUGGGAGCAGGCAGUGAGAUAUGAAGGACAAAGCAAGGCCACAUUCAUUAACAUGGGAGCAUACAGAGUGCUCACGUGAAACAGGGUACAUUUAUGUUCAGUAACUGUUUUAAUAUUUAGGGUGACAAUGGUUUAAAUGACUAAUUUGUAUAUAUUUUAGGAAAUAGAACCAGUUUAGAUCCUUAGAAAAUAUUGCGAGUCAGUGCAAAAAAUAAUAAUCAUUAUAACAGAAAUAAUUACAAAAACAGGCUGGAUUGGUCUGUAGCAGCAGGCAGGAUUAGCCACAAGUGUCUGCGUGAUUGGUAAGAAUUUCUUCAGGGGGAGAUGGGGGAAAAAACAGUCCCCCAAACACCUCUACUACAAGUGCCUAAUUAGAAUUAUCCAGGAGUUUCCAGUUAGAUCUAAGUUUUUCCCAAUAAAAUAAAAUACUAUCAAUGUUUCUCAGUUCAUUUAUAACUAUUUCUUACUUAGAUUUUCUAAUUGUAGAGUAUUUACCUUGAACCCUUUUUUUUUUCUUUACUUUAACCAAAAGUUUGAAUAGAGGGAUUCAGAAACUUUUGAUUGGCAGUGUAAAUGGACUAAUGAUUCAUAUAUUUUAGUAGAGCAUAUUACUUUUUCUUCUUAGCUCAAUAUUGCAGCUUUGUUUAGUUUCUGAGACACGUUAGUAGCUGUGCUUUUUAUGUUCAGUAUAUUUUAAUAGCACAGCAUAGAUAAUGUCAAAGAUUAUUUUGGGGUCAGUUGAUGCUGUAGCAGUUUGAUGCAGUACUAUACAAAUGUCUUUGGCAGUAUUCAUAUAGAAUGUAAAGUUUCUUUUUCUCUUUUGUAAAACAGUUUAUCUGUUGUGCACUGAAAUAUAUUAAGAAUUUUGUCCAUGGACUACAGUGUAAGCUGACAAAAUGAUUUUAGACUUGAGAUACUGUCUAUUAAAUGAUGUUAGCAAUUGUUCUGUAAUGUUGUAUCAACUAUAAUUUUAACUUUUUUUAAUCAAACAUUAAAUUUUGAUUUAGAACUUAAAGGUAAUAGUUCUACAUUUUGGAUUUGUUUUUAAACAUAUUCAAGGUAAUACUAAUACAUUAAUCAGUAGCAUUUUCUACUUCUCUGCAUGUGGUUUGAUUGUCAGAGAUGCCUAGUUCUACUUCCACCAGGGUGCUUUCUUUCCGAAACAAGUGUGCUCAUUUCCUACAAUACCAAUAGAAAAUUUGUCAAUUUAUAAAAAAUGUAUUUUUAUUCUCAGUAGGGUACCGUAUUAAUAAAUCGAGAGAUUGUCAUCCUCACUAAAGUACAGUACCAAUGGAUUAAUUGAAUGAGGAUUAGCAUCACACUUACUGUCAUCAUUCAUCCUAAAACAAUGCAGCACCACUUAUUUUAAGCGCUGUCCAGGGAAUAAAUUUUCCAGGGAACGCUUUCAGAAGUGUUAUGUAUGAUCCAUUGUGAUGACAUUGCUAUGCGGUCUACACAACUUCCAGAUGGAAACGCUUCUGGUUGUCUGAAACAUUAGAACGUAGAAUAGUACGUUACAUGUUUAACCGUGGUUCUGUGACUAAGUGGAGGACUGUCCAGCCAUCUGAGUCAAUCAGGUGAAUAAGAAUGGCCAGAGGAUUAGCAUGACGUAGCAGGGGCCUUUUAUAGGCUACACAUGUGAGGUCACAGUUAGAGUCAGGAGUAUAUAUAUAUAUAUAUAUAUAUAUAUAUAUAUAUAUAUAUAUAUAUAUAUAUAUAUCAUGUUAAUAUUGUUUGCUUGUAUUUCCUUAUUUGUAAGCAGAUUUGGAUAAAAGCGUCUGCUAAAUUAACAAGCACACACAAACUCACAAACUAGUUCUGAAAGGAAGCCACCCUUGUGGAAAGCAUGGUUACAAUCAUAACCUAUUAUUUGGCUUUUUAGCUUAGUUCCCCUCAAGUGUAGUUUAGUUUAGUUUGUAGCAAAGCAAAGAAGGAAUUCAUAUUUUCUAAGGAUUUUUUAAAUGCCGUUUUACAGUACACGUUGUACUGACAUUUCAUAAACUUUGUCAUAGUCACUACAGAGGUAGCAGCACCAAUAGUUGUUGCCGUAGUAUUUAUGAUACAGGAAACACCUGAAAACUUUUUUUUUUCAUUUUUUGCUAUGCCUCCUUUUUUUUUCCUUUUUUUUUUAUAUAGCAAAAACUAUAGUCAGAUCAAACAUGAAUAAAAUUCAGCCAGUGAAAAAGAGCAGUUCACUGAAGGGGAAAGAACAGAGGACACAGGAGAAAGGAUCUUUCUAUUGGUUGUUACUUUGGCAUCAAUUUUAUCUAGAUGGACCUUUUUUUCAUUUGAAAUGGGAUUGUCAUCUCUCUAGUUGGCAAAAAAAUAAAUAAAUUGAGCCUUCACUAAUUAUUAAGUAGCGGUCAUACUGGACAUUUGUCUUGUUAUUUUCUUAAUCCAAGUAUCAAGUUGCACAUUUAUUGCCACAUGCUCAACACGCAUCUCUCUCUGGUUGAUGUUGAUUAUAUUACGUGGACAUGGAUUUGGCCGAAAAAAAGAUUAACCUUCAUGAAGGCAUUGUCUUUUUGGCUAAACGCAAUUUAGCAGCAGCACUCGUUUGCAUAAUGUUCAGCUUUGCUGAAGUUUUGCCACCACACAGUAGUAAGACAAGAUUCACUGCAACAUAACCAUCAUGUACCACACAAAUUUGACGUAACUCCACUGUAAUGAAUAGCAUCCAGCUCAGCGAAGAUGCACAUGAACAUGUGCCAUUACAGUUGCAUGGCACACAUCCAGGAAAAAUACAGCUAAAUAUAAUUACCCCUACAUUGCACUUGUGUAUCAACAGACAGGUCAUUCAAUAAUGAAAGUACAGGGUAGGAUGUGCCGUGUGUCACCAUUUAAUAUUUUUCUUUCAAUAUGUAAGCCGUCAUAAUUUUCCUGUUUGGGCAGGCAAGUUUGAUAUUUUCCUUUCAUGCUGGUAAUAAAAGUGUAAAUACCAAUUUUUAUACUAUAUCGGAUGCUUAGAUCUACAAAUGUCUACAAAAAGUGAGUUUAUGAACAGUAGAAAUCUUUCACUACAGUUGUAGACAGUUUAUUAUUACGUGUAAUAUCUGACAUGGACCGGACUGCAGAUCGGACAUGUACUUCUGUUAAUUUUGUAACAAUUGUAUAAAGUCAGCAUAUACACUCAGCUGGUUGCUUAUAAAUCCAAACUUUUGUGGUAAACUUUUUUCUGUUUGCCUGCUAGGAUUUUCUUGUUAGCAAUGUUGGCACCUCUGCCAGUACCUAGUACUUAUUACAGUUUUUGCGUACACUGUAGCUGUUAAAUAAAAUAAUUUGGUUAUAUUAUUAUGAGUUUAUGCAUUUAAAUAACUGCACAAAGACAGGAAGAAAUAGUGUCAUAUUUCAAGUCUGAAUACAUGGGGAAAAGAUUUAUUGCAAAGAAAUGUAUCUGUUCAUUAAUGAUUGCAGGUAUGAAUUGUAAAGCAGCAAUAGAAAACUGACUGUUUAACAAUUAGGUGAAAGUACUGCUUUUUACUUUUUUAUUUGCUAGGGUUAGUUAUUGGGCCCUUGAUUUGCUGUGAUUUAUACAUGCUUGCAUAUUAAGAUGCAAACAAAAAUAAAAUACAGUUUUGUUCCAAUAUUUUCAUACAAAAAAUGUUCAAAU